AUGAGGAAGGUUGUUGUGGUCGAUGGCACAUUCUUGCAAGGAAAGUACAAAGGGACUCUACUAAUUGCAUCAGCACAGGAUGGCAACUUUCAAAUAUUUCCAGUAGCAUUUGCGAUAGUCGAUACUGAAAAUGAUGAAUCAUGGAAGUGGUUUUUCAGACAACUCAGCUGUGUGAUUUCAGAUGAUGAAAGGCUUGCUAUUAUUUCUGAUAGGCACAAAUCAAUUGGAAAAGCAAUAGCCCAUGUAUAUUCAACUGCGGGAGUUUGCACUUAUCACUUGUAUAAGAAUGUCUUGUUAAAGUUUAGAGGCCGCGAGUUGUUUGGCUUGGUUAAAAAGGCAGCUAAUUCAUACAAGCCUUCAGAUUUUGAAACCAUAUUCGAUGAGAUCAAAGCACUGCACCCGGCAUUACAUGGUUAUUUACAGAAAGCAGAUGUACGCAAGUGGGCGAGAGCUCAUUUCCCUGGUGAUAGGUACAACUUGAAUACGACCAAUAUAGCUGAAUCUAUCAACAAAGUGCUUUCAGAUGCAAGGAGUUUGCCGGUUGUAAGACUUAUAGAAGCAAUAAGGCAAAUGAUGACGCGCUGGUUUUCGUCACGUAAAAUUGAUGCAAAUUCAAUGAAAACAACUCUAACUCGUGGAGUAGAGAAGCUUUUAGAGGGCCGUGUACCUUAUGCUAAGACGCUGUGCGUGCAACAGAUAGAUAUUCAUCAAUAUCAGGUGUCAACAGCUGAAGCGACAAAGUUAUCAACCAUUUCAUUGUGUCAUCCAUACUAUCUUACAAACUAUCUGUACAACGCUUACUCUGUGGCAGUAAUGCCGAGAGAUGCUGAUACACCAGUCCCUAAUAAUGUCGCAGGAAAAAUUUGUUUGCCUUCCGAGGUUCGCCAACCACCAGGGAGACCCAAAAAUUCAAGAAUGAAGUCUUGGUUUGAGAAAGGUGAAAAUAAGAAACGACCAAGAAAAGAGCACAAAUGUUCGAUUUGUAAUCAAGUUGGUCACAAUUGCAAAACAUGUCCUGUUGGUUAG